GGAGCACGGUCCCGCACGCCGCCAGCCCGUCUUUGCCGCCAUGCCCAAGAAUAAAGGAAAAGGAGGUAAAAACAGACGUAGAGGAAAGAAUGAGAAUGAAUCUGAAAAGCGAGAGCUGGUGUUCAAAGAGGAUGGGCAAGAAUAUGCUCAGGUAAUCAAAAUGUUGGGAAAUGGACGAUUAGAAGCAAUGUGUUUCGAUGGUGUGAAGAGACUAUGCCAUAUCAGAGGGAAAUUGAGAAAAAAGGUUUGGAUAAAUACCUCAGACAUUAUAUUGGUGGGCCUCCGAGAUUACCAGGAUAACAAAGCCGAUGUCAUUUUAAAAUACAACGCAGAUGAAGCUAGAAGUCUCAAGGCAUAUGGCGAGCUUCCAGAGCAUGCUAAAAUCAAUGAAACUGAUACAUUUGGUCCUGGAGAUGAUGAUGAAAUUCAGUUUGAUGACAUUGGGGAUGAUGAUGAAGACAUCGAUGAUAUCUGA